GAUUAACACAUGGGAGAAGCCAAUGAUGGACUCAGCGGUGCCCACAGGCUCCUUCAUGAUGGUGAACAGCUCUGGAAGGGCCUCAGGCCAGAAGGCCCACCUUCUACUGCCCACCUUGAAGGAGAACGAUACCCACUGCAUCGACUUCCAUUACUACUUCUCCAGUCGGGACAGGUCCAGCCCUGGGGCCUUGAAUGUCUACGUGAAGGUCAAUGGUGGGCCCCAGGGGAACCCUGUCUGGAAUGUGUCUGGAGUUGUCACUGAGGGCUGGGUGAAGGCAGAGCUUGCCAUCAGCACCUUCUGGCCACAUUUCUACCAGGUGAUAUUUGAAUCCGUCUCUUUGAAGGGUCAUCCUGGCUACAUCGCCGUGGACGAGGUCCGGGUCCUUGCUCAUCCAUGCAGAAAAGCACCUCACUUUCUGCGGCUCCAAAAUGUCGAGGUGAAUGUGGGGCAAAAUGCCACGUUUCAGUGCAUUGCUGGCGGAAAGUGGUCUCAGCAUGACAAACUUUGGCUCCAGCAAUGGAAUGGCAGAGACACUGCCCUCAUGGUCACCCGCGUGGUCAACCACAGGCGCUUCUCAGCCACCGUCAGUGUGGCUGACACUGCCCAGCGGAGUGUGAGCAAGUACCGCUGUGUGAUUCGCUCUGAUGGGGGCUCCGGUGUGUCCAACUAUGCAGAGCUGAUCGUGAAAGAACCUCCCACGCCCAUUGCCCCCCCAGAGUUGCUGGCUGUGGGGGCCACAUACCUGUGGAUCAAGCCAAAUGCAAAUUCCAUCAUCGGGGAUGGUCCUAUCAUCCUCAAAGAGGUGGAAUACCGAACCACCACGGGCACCUGGGCUGAGACCCACAUCGUUGACUCUCCCAACUACAAACUGUGGCAUCUGGAUCCUGAUGUGGAGUAUGAGAUCCGGGUCCUCCUCACAAGACCAGGAGAGGGGGGCACAGGACCCCCAGGGCCACCCCUCACCACCAGAACCAAGUGUGCCGACCCAGUGCAUGGCCCACAGAAUGUGGAGAUUGUGGAUAUCCGCGCCCGGCAGCUGACCUUGCAAUGGGAACCCUUUGGCUAUGCAGUGACCCGCUGCCACAGCUACAACCUGACAGUGCAGUACCAGUAUGUAUUCAAUCAGCAGCAGUAUGAGGCUGAAGAGGUGAUUCAGACCUCCUCCCACUACACCCUCCGUGGCCUUCGUCCUUUCAUGACCAUCCGGCUUCGUCUCUUGCUGUCUAAUCCCGAGGGCCGGAUGGAAAGUGAAGAGUUGGUGGUUCAGACAGAAGAGGAUGUUCCAGGGGCUGUUCCUCUGGAAUCUAUUCAAGGGGGGCCCUUUGAGGAGAAGAUCUACAUUCAGUGGAAGCCCCCCAAUGAAACCAAUGGAGUCAUCACACUCUAUGAGAUCAACUACAAAGCUGUUGGCUCCCUGGAUCCCACUGCUGACCUGUCCAGCCAGAGAGGAAAAGUGUUCAAGCUCCGGAAUGAAACCCACCACUUGUUUGUGGGACUCUACCCAGGGACCACCUACUCUUUCACCAUCAAGGCUAGCACAGCAAAGGGCUUUGGACCCCCAGUCACCACAAGGAUCGCCACCAAAAUUUCAGCUCCUUCAAUGCCUGAGUAUGACACAGACACUCCAUUAAAUGAGACAGACACGACCAUAACAGUGAUGCUAAAACCUGCUCAAUCACGGGGUGCUCCUGUCAGUGUUUAUCAGCUAGUUGUCAAAGAAGAAAGGCUUCAGAAGUCACGGCGAGCAGCUGACAUCACUGAGUGCUUUUCAGUUCCUGUGAGCUAUAGGAACGCCUCCAGCCUUGAUUCUCUACACUACUUUGCUGCUGAAUUGAAGCCUGCCAACCUUCCUGUCACCCAGCCAUUUACUGUAGGUGACAACAAGACUUAUAAUGGCUACUGGAACCCUCCUCUUUCCCCUCUGAAAAGCUAUAGCAUCUACUUCCAGGCACUCAGCAAAGCAAAUGGAGAGACCAAAAUUAACUGUGUUCGUCUGGCUACAAAAGGAGCUUCCACACAGAACUCCAAUACUGUGGAACCAGAGAAGCAGGUGGACAACACUGUGAAGAUGGCUGGUGUGAUUGCUGGCCUCCUCAUGUUCAUCAUAAUUCUCCUGGGUGUAAUGCUCACCAUUAAAAGGAGGAAGCUGGCCAAGAAGCAGAAGGAGACCCAGAGUGGAGCACAGAGAGAGAUGGGGCCAGUGGCCUCAGCUGACAAGCCUUCCACCAAGCUCAGUGCCAACCGCAAUGAUGAAGGCUUCUCCUCUAGCUCUCAGGAUGUGAAUGGAUUCAAUGGCAGCCGUGGGGAGCUGUCCCAGCCCACCCUCACCAUCCAGACGCACCCCUACCGGGCCUGUGACCCUGUGGAGAUGAGCUAUUCCAGGGACCAGUUCCAGCCAGCCAUCAGGGUGGCCGACCUGUUGCAGCAUAUCACACAGAUGAAGAGAGGCCAGGGCUAUGGGUUCAAGGAAGAAUAUGAGGCUUUGCCAGAGGGACAGACAGCUUCAUGGGACACAGCCAAAGAGGACGAAAACCGCAAUAAGAACCGAUAUGGAAACAUCAUAUCCUAUGAUCACUCCCGAGUGAGGCUUCUGGUGCUGGAUGGAGACCCACACUCUGACUAUAUCAACGCCAACUACAUUGAUGGGUACCAUCGUCCUCGGCACUACAUUGCAACUCAAGGUCCAAUGCAGGAGACCGUAAAGGACUUUUGGAGAAUGAUCUGGCAGGAGAACUCAGCCAGCAUCGUGAUGGUCACCAACCUUGUGGAAGUGGGCCGGGUAAAAUGUGUGCGCUACUGGCCAGAUGACACAGAGGUCUAUGGGGAUAUUAAAGUCACACUGAUUGAAACUGAGCCCCUGGCGGAAUAUGUCAUACGUACCUUCACAGUCCAAAAGAAAGGCUACCACGAGAUCCGGGAGCUUCGCCUCUUCCAUUUCACCAGCUGGCCUGAUCAUGGUGUCCCCUGCUAUGCCACCGGCCUCCUGGGAUUUGUGCGCCAGGUCAAGUUCCUGAACCCCCCAGAGGCUGGGCCCAUUGUGGUCCACUGCAGUGCUGGGGCUGGAAGAACAGGCUGCUUCAUUGCCAUUGACACCAUGCUUGACAUGGCAGAGAAUGAAGGGGUAGUAGAUAUCUUCAACUGUGUACGAGAACUCCGGGCUCAGCGGGUCAACCUAGUACAAACAGAGGAGCAGUAUGUGUUUGUACAUGAUGCCAUCCUGGAAGCUUGCCUCUGUGGCAACACAGCUAUCCCUGUGUGUGAGUUCCGCUCUCUCUACUACAACAUCAGCAGGUUGGACCCUCAGACCAACUCCAGCCAGAUCAAGGAUGAAUUUCAGACCCUCAAUAUUGUGACACCCCGUGUGCGGCCUGAGGACUGCAGCAUCGGACUCCUUCCCCGAAACCAUGACAAGAAUCGGAGCAUGGAUGUCCUGCCGCUGGACCGCUGUCUGCCCUUUCUCAUCUCAGUGGAUGGCGAGUCCAGCAACUACAUCAAUGCAGCCCUGAUGGAUAGCCACAAGCAGCCUGCUGCCUUCGUGGUCACCCAGCAUCCUCUACCCAACACUGUGGCUGACUUCUGGAGACUGGUGUUCGACUAUAACUGCUCCUCCGUGGUCAUGUUGAAUGAGAUGGACACUGCCCAGCUCUGUAAGCAGUACUGGCCUGAGAAGACUUCAGGGUGCUAUGGGCCCAUUCAGGUGGAGUUUGUGUCAGCUGACAUCGAUGAGGACAUAAUCCACAGAAUAUUCCGCAUCUGUAACAUGGCCCGGCCCCAGGAUGGAUAUCGCAUUGUCCAGCAUCUCCAGUACAUUGGCUGGCCCGCUUACCGAGACACUCCCCCCUCCAAGCGCUCACUGCUCAAAGUGGUCCGACGCCUGGAGAAGUGGCAGGAGCAGUACGAUGGAAGGGAAGGCCGCACAGUGGUUCAUUGCCUAAAUGGAGGAGGUCGCAGUGGAACCUUCUGUGCCAUCUGCAGUGUGUGUGAGAUGAUCCAGCAGCAAAACAUCAUCGAUGUGUUCCAUAUUGUGAAAACAUUACGGAACAACAAGUCCAACAUGGUGGAGACCCUGGAACAGUAUAAAUUUGUAUACGAGGUGGCACUGGAAUAUUUAAGCUCCUUUUAGACCAGUGGAAUGGAGCCUGUGUGCAGAGGUGGUGCAACCCCACUCCCUUUCUGUGAAUGCCAGUGACUGGGCCCAGGGGGUAAAGAGAGGGCACCCUGCCCAACUAAGGAGAAGACUGGUGACCGAAGUGGGACCUGAACUUCUGAGGAGUCUCCUGCAGCAGAGAUUCUGCCCUACUCAGCAAGGCCCAGGCUUCCCUAACCACAUCCAGCCAGCCCCAGCACAUUUGGAAGGGCCCAUAACAAAGCCCAGAUUUAUUGGCUCCCAGGCCUCUUGCUUUUGCUUUUUAAGUGUGUGAAUUUUAUGGCUUGGGACUGUGUGGGUACUCAGCAGCAUCUGUCCCAGCUCCCCUUCUCCUGGGGAGUGGAAUUUUGGGGACGUGUAUUCUCCUCUCCAGUGCCAACAUGGCAAUGUUUGGGCUCUCAAGCAAGGUUCCUACUCUGGUGCCCCUUGUCCCUCCACAGCUUCCUCCAGGGACACUGUAAUUAGCCACUGCCCCUCUGGAUAUAUGUGACCUCCGGAUGCCUUGGAUGCUACCAGCAAGACCCCAGCCAGAGACAACUUACCUGCAUGGGGCUGGAGUCCCCUUCAUCCUGCACCCCAGCUAAUCCUCAUCUUGGGCUUUGUCCCUGCCUGGUACACUUCAAGGACAGGGACACUGCCAUGGGGUAGGGCUCUAGCUGUCCCUCUUAGGGUACUUCCUUUGGGAAAGAAGAACAAACUAAAGGUUGAUUCUUUGGCAAAGUGAAGGUGAAAAGAAAUUUUUCAGGGAGGGAGUAUAAAAUGAGUCAGAGAAAGUGAAGAAGGGAGGCUUGAAUAUGUAACUCUAAAACUAAUUAACUGAGGCCUGUUAUCAUCUUCACGAAUCCCUCAGAGUCCCUCCAACCCCUGCAAUACAUACAUAUAUACACCCCAAGACAGGAUGGCUGUUUUGAGCAAGGUCUGGCUGGGUGAAAGAGGACCUGCAGUUUGGGGAGACCAUAUAUACAACAACAGCUGUUGCAUAAUGCAAGACCAUUAAGAAGGUGAACUGAGCUGUGAUCUUAGGAAAGACUAGUGUGGACUCACUAAUAUCUGUGUUCAAAAAUGGGGCCCAGGAUGAAGGUGAGGGUCAUGGACUUUGCCAAGGCAUGUUGGAUCUCUGUAAGGAAACCAGCAUUCACUGUGUACACACCCAGGCCUGACACUUUACAUGUGACAUCUCACUGAUCUAGGUCCCUUCACCUCUACCCUCCCCACAC